GACAGGCGAGGGCUCCCCGGGGACGGCGGCACCUCGGGGAUGUGGACACCCCGGUGACAGGGACCCCCCCCCCCCGGGGAGGAGGCCGCCUCGGGGACGUGAGCACAGGGGCACCGGGAUGGGGGGGCCGGGGGGCCUCGUCCUCCUCAUCCUCCUCACCGGGUGCCUCGAUGUCUCCAUUCCCAUGGGUGCCACUGGAACAACCAGACCCACAUGUUCCCCUCCUCUGGGUGCCACAGUGUCCCCAUCCCCAGGGGCAGCACUGGAGGACCCUGGGGCAGCCGGACCCAUGUGUCCCCCUCCCUGGGGUGCCCCAGCGUCCCCCUCACCGAGGACAGCGCCAGGGCAGCGGGUGCCUCGGAGGACGAUCCCGGGGGCAGCAGGCGCCCUGCGGGUGAGCCAGGAGCCGGAGCAGGCAUGGGUGGCCCCGGGCGGCGGGGUGGCCCUGGGGUGCCGUGUGGUGGUCGCCGAGCCCUGGGAGCUGCUCCGCCUGGAGUGGUUCAAGGACGGGGGGGACGAGGCGCUGUGCGUCGCCCGCCUGCGCCCCGCCGGCGCCGAGGCCCCCUGCGCCCCUCGCCUGCACCUCGCCUGGCGCCCGCCCCACGCCACCCUGCACCUGCGCGGCGCCCGCCCGGGCGACGCCGGCUGCUACGUGUGCCGGGCCACCCUGGAGAUCCCCCGCCUCGCCACGGCCGCCGGCAACGGCACCCUGCUCAGCACGGGCGCAGGGCUGGCCGGGGGGCUGGCGGAGGGCCUGGGGGUCUCGGCCCUGCUGCUGCUUGGCCUGGCCCUUGGCUACGGCUGGCACCGGCGCAGGAGCGCAGAUUCGGUCAUCUACGUGAACACAGUGCCCCACGCGGCAUAGGCCCCCAGGAAGCCAGUUCCCCUCGAGGAGAUGGACAACAGGGGCCUCCAGCAGGCCCGGCCCCCCGGGCACCCUGCGUGCCCCGGGUAUCCCAGGCAUCCUGGGGCCCCGGGCGCCUGCCGUGCCUGGUCCUGAGGGAGUGCACAGGGGCUCCGACGACCCACAGAGACAUCCCUGGUUGCACUUUUUUUGUAUUUGGGAAUUAAAA